AUGGCUAGAUAUGCGUGGUAUACCAGAGUUACUGAUGCUAUUCAUCGUUUGACGGUUUUGACACUGAUCGGUGGUUCUAUCUACAUGGCGGGGGGCCUAACAUACACUCUAUACAAGAAUGGUACCAAAUAUGAGAAACAGGUAACGGACAAGAAGAAAGAAGAGGAACUACAGCAGCUAGAAGGUGCUGCGUCUUCUGCCGAAUAG